UGCAAACACAUAAAAGAGAUAACCCGCACGGGGCUUGAGCUCGACCCAGAAGGCUAAUCCCCUGCUAUCGUAGGCAGGAGGUUUCGAACCUUAGACCUCCAUUAUGAAAGUCCCAUGCUCAACCAACUGAUCCACCCUUGUUGAUUCAUGUAUUUACUUAAGUGAUAAUCUCUUCAAACUUCGUUGUGGAAAUCCCUUGUUUGGUUGCUGGUUAGGAACUAAGUUAUUCAAGUAUUAAAUCAUGCAUAAGUAAUACUGGCAUGUUUGGUAGCAUUCUUUUGCUAUGUAUAAAAUUCAACACAUCUAACCCUGAAUAACUAAGUCCUAUAUAAAAUAAUACAUAGAUUCCUUCAUAACUAAUCUCUACAUUACUAAUACCUGCAUAAUUCUAACCAGCAACCAACUGUUCACUUCAGUGUUAAUCUCUUCAAACUUCAUUGUGAAGAUCCCUUUAGGAUGUAGGUUUUUUUGCUUUUAUCAUUCUUGUUGUGCUGUUUGCUUAAAUGACAUAGGUAUAGUUUUAAAACUGGAAUAGGUUCAUGUAUUCAGUAUUCAUUUCAGUGUUACUGUUAAUCUCUUCAAAGUUCAUUGUAAAAUCCCUUUUGGGAUGUGGGGUUUUUCUUUUUUCCCGUUUCUUGCUGUUCUGUUAAGUUAAACGACAUAGCCAUAGAAUUUGAGCUGGAACAAGUCCAUGUAUUCAGUAUUAACUUCAGUGUUAAUCUCCUCAAACUUCAUUGUAAAAAUCCCUUUAGGGAUGUGGGGUUUUUCUUUAUCCCCGUCUUUGCUGUUCUGUUAGGUUAAACGACAUAGCUGUAGAAUUUGAGCUGGAAUAGGUUCAUGUUUGUAUAGAAAUUGAUAGUUAAAUUAAUUCAUCACAACAUCUGGCAAAGAGGCAGUUCACAUAUAGUAAUUUACUUGGCAUGGAAAUCUUUAGUAUUCAGUUCCUUUCUUGUUGGUUCAUGUAUUGACUUUCAGUGUCUUAUCUAUUCAAACUUAUUGUGAAAAUCCCUUUAGGAAUGUGGGACUUUUUUUUACUUUUCCCUUCCCUUCCUUGCUGUUUUGUUAGCAUAAACGACAUAGGUGUAGAAUUUGAGCUGGAAUAGGUUCAUGUUUGUGUAGAAGUUGAUUGUUAAAUUCAUUCUAGCACCAAUGAUAUCUGGCGAAAAGACAGUUAUGAUAUAGUAAUUCACUUGGCAAUGGAAGUCUUUAGUACUCUCUCCGUUCUUUUUACUUGUGUAGUAUACUAAUAAUAGAUCUUCCUCUUUACUUGUCUGCUUUAGCUAACCGAAGGAGAAUUAAUUAUGUUUUUCUAAUUUUACUUAUUAUUACGUAACCAUUUCCCAAACUAAUUGGAGUACUAGGAGGCAAAGUUAGAUUUCUAAAGUACCAUUAAUAAGGAAAAUUUAGUAAACUGAACACUUAAUUAAUGCAAAUGCCCUGUUUAUAUUGUCAAGAAUCAGCAAAAUGUCAUUUUGCUUACAGAUAAAAAAAGACAAUCAACACAAUGUCUGGUGAAAUUACGGCAAAUACAUGUAAGAAUAUGAUUGUCACUUGGAAUAUAGAGAUUAUAGGAGGAAUCUACCAUGAAAAAAUAUAAAUGUCAUCUCAAGUAUUAGAUUAAUGUUGCAUUUCCAUGGACUUGAACACUUUCGCUCAUGAAUUAUGCUUGCCUUCUAAGCAUCUGUUGACAAGUUUGUUUUUCUUUUGCACGGACCGCACUGGACAUGAAUGCACUUAUUGGCUCCUUUGGCAUCAGGGUCCUUUAUUUCAUGAUGGAAUGAAGCAGUGGAGUUGUUGCAAGAAAAAGAGUCAUGAUUUCAGUUUAUUUCUCGAAAUUCCUGGUUGUAAGACAGGAAAGCACACGACAGAAAAACCAGUCAUAGCAGCAAAGCCAUCUGCUACCCGAAAUACAGCAAUUCCUGCUCCAACUCCUAUGACCAAUGCAUCACCGAAAGAAGCUUGUCCUAGAUGCCGCCAGGGAUUCUUUUGCUCUGAUCACGGUUCACAACCCAAAGAAGCAAUUCCAAAAGCAUCAAAUUCAGUAACAUCUGUACCUGCUGAGAGCAAUACAGAUGUAAAGCAAGUCCAUCCGGCUCCAGUGAAGAAGAAAGUUGGUAUAAACGAGCCCCAAAUCUGUAAAAACAAGGGCUGUGGUAAGACAUUUACAGAAAAGGAAAAUCAUGACACUGCUUGUAGUUACCAUCCUGGACCUGCAAUCUUCCAUGACCGGAUGAGAGGAUGGAAAUGCUGUGAUAUUCAUGUCAAAGAAUUUGACGAGUUCAUGAGCAUAGUGCCAUGCACCAAAGGAUGGCACAACGCCGACCCAGUGUCCUAAUAGGCUCAUACACGAGCCCUGGCCUGUUUGUUCCAUCAUUUAUCGAUCAACUGAUGUUGCUACUGUGGACAUUGAUAUAAUUUUUCUUUCAGUCCCUAUGCCACUAGGUCUCUGUGUCUGUAAGGUGCCAAAGGACAAUUGAGAUGGACAAUCUAUAAUGUCAAAUUUUGAAAAACUGUUCGGUGAAAUAUCUUGUAACGUGCUUUAGGUCUUUGUCAUA